UAAGAGUUUAUACACUUUUAUAUAAAUUUAAGCAAUAAAUAUUGCUGAUUUAUAAUUAAUUUAAUGCACAGACGCAUACUGCAUAGCAUUUUGAUUAUUCAAAGUUAAACAAAUAAUAAAAAUAUAAAAUCUUAAAUUUGAAUAGUGCGUUUUGUUGUGCCCUAAUGAAAAAUACAGAAAAUGUUAACAUUAACACUAUUUAAUAAUUAUUUUUAUUGAUUGCGUGUCGAGUUUGAUGUAUGAAAUCACUAACAUUAUGCAAUAUUAUAUGAUUUUUUUGUAUUUAUUGUACUAAUCAUAUAAACAAAUUUUCCCCAUUAUGCUGACCAGGAGUGCCUAAUCUACCCUUUUAUCCCGAGGAGAAUUUAGAUAGUCUAAACUUCUUCGACAGUCUCAAUCCUUAUCAGAAUAUGAACUUGGACUACCGUAACAAGAAUCCUUACGCCAUCCCCGCGAACAUCAACCAUAGGAUGAUGCCAGAGUACUUUGAAAACUUAGCUCCCUACGUACCCCCACAUUCUGGUAUUACACAAAAUCAAACAGACAAGAGAAAUGUCAACUACGUACCCUUUAGCAAGAAACCUGUUUUCAAAGAACAAUUACCUCAGAAACAACCAUUAGCUUUUACUAUAGAUAUGGGAAAGAAACCUAUCCAAUCUAAAGUAUUUAAUAGAUUGUUCUCUGUUAAUCCACAAGAAGAAAAGGAGAUCCCACCAAAAGUGCCGCCUCGUAACUUCCAUCUGAAUUUAACUGACAAACCUCAACCUAAAUUACCAAAACCCAAUUCUAGAAGCAUAUUUAAAAACUAUAAAUCUUGCCCCGUGUCCCCUGUGUCCGAAGAAUGCAAAUGGGCGGAUAAAGUUGUUCAAAAUAAUCAAAACCAAGCUAAUGUUAAACCUCAAAACGCUCCGGUAGAUCCAAAGAAAAGAAACUCUUUAAGCUUCUUCGUUGGUAUAGACAACCGAGCUAAAGAAACUGGUAAAAGUAUAGUAGACACUAUAAAAAUUGAUACAGAGAAAAUGAUUGCAGAAAUAACUAGAAAAUAUGGUGAUUUGGAUGAAUAUGAACCUAACAAUCAAGGGGAUUUAGAUCUCCAACCCUCAAAGGAAGUAGUUGAGAAAGAUGAUGGAAAUUUCUCCUCAGAUUCUCUCGAAGAUUGUAGUCUCAGUCAAGACGUAAGUUGCAAGAAUAAAUUGUAUUCAAAGAAGAUAUGUAAAAAGCAUACAAAAGCCAAAGGUAUGCCACGUCGGGCUGUGUCUAAUUAUGAAUUAUACGGUGGUACUAUGGAAAAACCUGCGGUACCUGUCAAACCGCCAUGUAUAAGCCAGAAAAGUUCUACUCUACCUAGAAAUAUGCCUUCGAAUAUUGAUGAUGUUAUGGAUGAAAAUUAUCCUAUAAAUUAUAAAUACAGUAUGUAUAGAUGCCAAAGUGUGCUGACCAAAAGAUGUAUUACUCGUUCAAAUGAGUCCGUCUUGAGUGACAAUUCUAACUGUUCCAGCGUUUCUAAUGAAAUAUUUUUAAAGUAUGGCAACGAAGUCGCCUUCCAGCAGGCAAAGUAUGACAGUCGAUAUAAUCUUAACGAUUCUCAAAAUUGUUCUUUCGAGAAUCUGAACGAACCUGAUGAUAAAUAUUUAGAAAAACACAGACAUAGUAGUGCUAGUUUCUUCUUGAACCAGAAGAAAUAUAUGAAAACAAGCUGCAGUCAGGAAUCUAUGCUAUCUGAUGAAAUGUACCUGGAUAAUGAUAUUCAGCUGUCAAGGACUAAUUGUAAUUCGCUAGAAAGCGUUCUCUCUGAUGAUUCUGAGUGCACCAAAAGUGCUCCUUUGGAAAUGCUGUUUGAAGGCGCUCGAACUUCACGAAAACCGAGUCACCCAGCUGCGGGAAUGCCUAACAGUAAAAGUUGCUAUGAAUUCGACAAUAGUUCUAAAAGUUAUGGUUCCAGUCCUAACAACGUAUCCUACAUGGGGGGUUACAUGUAUAACAACUAUCUUGGUGAAAGUUCUUCGAAUUAUAGAGACAUAGUAGUUAGCCCAAAACCGCCAACCAGUAAAGUUUAUGGUUUUGAUAUACCAGGUGGCGAAUAUUCUGGUCAUAAAACGGUCACCAGGUCUAAAAGUUUAUACGAUUCUACUUCGAAACAAAUACCAGCUUCGACAAAAAGUGUUGCUUAUUAUUUCGAUGGUAAUAAUAUACAGCAGUACGAUAAGGAGAAAAAAGGAACUGAUGAAAUUCCACGACUUAAUACUGGUGAUUAUAUGGCAAAUACUAGUAAGUCUUUACAACCAAAGUUUUCCGAAAAACAUAAAUAUAAAAGUGAGAUGGAAGGUUGUGAACAAAAUACUAUGACUAAAUCGAAAAGUUGCAGUUUCGAAGUUGUUUUAGAACCAGCCUCUAAACCAAACCCACUUAAAAAUUUAAUGGAAAAACGCAACUCGCACGUACAGAAAAAUCUCGAGAAAUUUGAGGAGCAAAUACGUAAAAAUAUUCAAACCAAAGUAAACAAAAAUCAAUUGAACAAAGAGAAAGCAAAUGCUGCAAAAUAUAACAAUACUACUAAGAGUCUUGAAAGAGGCUCUGGUCCAAAAAAUAACAAUGUCAAAAUUACGAUGGAAUUCGUUCCACAUAAACCACCAAAACCGAUUAAACGAACUUCCUCCACUAAGAUGAACAACAGACUUAAAGCUGGCUUAGAUAAGGGUACACUAAGUUCUUCCAUAUCAUCACAAUAUAAAGCUAAAUUAGACGGCCUUCAAAAUAAAAAUUAUAAUAGUAAUAAAAAACAAGAAGAUGCGAAUUCAAACAAAGUUGAUUCUGAUAGUGUGGAAAAAUCGUUUGAUGUAUUUGUAAAAGAAAAAGAUGUGAACGAAAAUAAAUCCGAAAUGCAGAUGGAUAGUUUAGAGGUCUUCGCAAUACAAAGGAUGGAAAGACUGCAGCAUGUCAGCAUGGAUUCUUUAGACGUUAUUGAUGACAGUCAAAAUGAAUUUUCCAAAGAUUCAUUGGAUUAUUAUUCAGAACAAGAUAAGAAAAAGACUAUCAUUAGGACUUCAAAGAAUCAGAUGAAUCGAAGAAUGUCUUCCAGAGUUGAGUGUGAAGGUCCAUGUCAUAGUCGACAAAAUAUUGCAGCGAAAGAAAACAUUGCACCGCCAGAUACAAGCGAUGAAGUAAAAAAAUACAAAUACAUAGAGCGCAAACUAGAAAUUAUCAACAAAUUAGUCGAAAUGGAGGAACGAAAGAUACUACAGGAGAAAAUACUAAAAGAAUGGCGAAUGAGACCCUUGAAAGCUAAUAUUAAUGAUGGUAAAGGUGUAGUUAAACUUUUAUCAAGAAAAUUUGAAAAGUUGGCAACGAAACAAAACACUGUAUCCGAUUUUACAUCACUCACAUUAGAAGAAGCUGAUACUGACACCGAUACAGCAUCAGAAAAUAAAGAAAUAAAACGGAAUCUCAGUCUACCUGAUAUACUAGAUUCAGAUCAAAUCGGUGGUUUAGUCACAGUGGAUAUCGAAGUGAGUAACGACGCUGGAAACGAUGCUAUAGAAAUUGACCAUCCUGAACCUACACAACUAAAUAAUGCUGUUUGUAGUGAAUUGAAAGCAAUUCAAAAGACAUUGCCACAACGUGUUUAUAAUGAAAUGGUUAUACCUAAAACGGAUGUGCAUUUAGAUAGUGAAAAUUAUGAAUCUUCGACUACCAGUUCUAGUUGCACUAAUUCUCCGAAAAGAUUAUCUAUGUAUGGCUUCCAUAGACCGAAAACUCCGCUGAGAAAAGUGUUCCGUAUGCCAGGACCUAGAUGCAAUACAGGGAACCAAAUGUGCACUCCUGAGUGUAAAGUUAGGCCAUCGCUGGCUUCCGGGGGUGGUGUAAGGAAUUCUGGUCUGUCCAAAAAGUUUCCCUUCCAACCUCCAGUUCUGCCGUCGAAAUUUUCACCAGUGCAAGGUUGGAUUCGCAUGUUUGAACGAAUAACCAUAGAUGUUGUAACGGUUAAAUUUUUAUUUCACGCUUCUUAUAAUUUUCGUUCAAUAUCAAAUUUAUCGAAUCCAAUUUUUUUAUUCAAAAUUUGUGAUAUUUUGUGAGGAAACUAAGUAUUAGAGACAUAUGAAAUAAGAUGAUACGUUUCUUUUUAUCCAAUGAUUUUUGCACUUGCAAUCUUCACAAAUCAUCGCAAACAGCUUUGUUGUUUUUUUCAGCAUGUCGAAUAUUGAGUAUGCACGAAUCGGUUACGUAGAUAUAAGUUUUUAGUGUUUGCUUAUAAGGCACGAUAAUCUGACUUUAAACUGAACAUUUCAAGAUGAAUAAAGAUUUUAUAGUUCAGUCUGGUAUCGUUAUAACGAAGUUCAGAUUAUUGUCGCUUGCGCAUGUGACUUACAAAA